GACUUCCUUGUUGUGAGCCUUCGCCCGGCAGUGUCCGGACUGGUAGGCACGCCGUCCUUACCGGGAUCGCUAGCCCGAGUCUAGGUCGCAGCCACAACCCCAGCCCGUUUCAGCACAGGUCCUUUCCCCGCACGCUCCGCGCUCCCUGACAUGCCCAACCCCAGCAGCACCUCCUCUCCCUACCCCCUCCCCGAGGAAAUUAGGAACCUGUUGGCAGAUGUUGAAACAUUUGUGGCAGAUAUCCUGAAAGGGGAAAAUUUAUCCAAGAAAGCAAAGGAAAAGAGAGACUCCCUUAUUAAGAAGCUAAAAGAUGUGAAGUCUAUCUACCUUCAGGAAUUUCAAGACAAAGGUGAUGCAGAAGAUGGAGAAGAAUAUGAUGACCCUUUUGCUGGGCCUCCAGACACUGUUUCAUUAGCCUCAGAAAGAUAUGAUAAAGAUGAUGAAGCCUCUGAUGGAAACCAGUUUCCUCCAAUUGCAGCACAAGACCUUCCUUUUGUUUUAAAGUCUGGCUACCUUGAAAAACGCAGAAAAGAUCACAGCUUUCUGGGAUUUGAAUGGCAGAAACGGUGGUGUGCUCUCAGUAAAACAGUGUUCUAUUACUAUGGGAGUGAUAAAGACAAACAACAGAAAGGUGAAUUUGCAAUGGAUGGCUACAGUGUCAGAAUGAAUAAUACUCUUAGGAAGGACGGAAAGAAAGAUUGCUGUUUUGAGAUCUCUGCUCCAGAUAAACGUAUCUAUCAGUUCACGGCAGCUUCUCCCAAAGAUGCCGAAGAAUGGGUACAGCAGCUGCAAUUUGUAUUACAAGAGAUGGGGUCGGACGUUAUCCCUGAGGAGGAGGAUGAAAGAGGCGACUUAUACGACGACGUUGACCAUCCUCUGCCCUGCAGCAGCCCCCCGCCCCGCAGCCAGCCGGCCGACGACGAAAUUUAUGAAGAGCUGCCAGAGGAGGAAGAGGAAGGUGAUCCGGGGAAGGAGGAGGGACAGAGGAAGAUGAGUCAGGACAGCGUUCAUCACACCACAGGAGAUAAAAGCACAGACUAUGCUAAUUUUUACCAGGGUUUGUGGGACUGCACAGGAGAUCUUUCCGAUGAACUGUCAUUUAAACGUGGUGAUGUGAUUUACAUUCUGAGCAAGGAAUACAAUAGAUAUGGCUGGUGGGUAGGAGAAAUGAAGGGAGCCAUUGGCUUGGUGCCGAAAGCCUACAUAAUGGAGAUGUAUGAUAUUUGAGAGUCCUGGAAAAGGAAGAUUCUUCUGCUCAUCUGCAAAUGCUUGGGAUGGGGAGUCAUCGUGAAAACACGAGUGACAGCUCAUAACCUUUCUUUGUUUUGUUAAACAUCAUUGUCUUUGUUAUUUUAUGCAUUCAUUAUAAAAUGCUUCUGAUGUGAAAUUAAAGGAAGGAUAUUAAUGUAAAUUAAAUGCAGGCAGUAAAAUUAUACCUGUUGCUAUCUUGCAAAGAAAUAAUCAUAGUUUUUAUUUACUCAUUUGAUUUGUGUGAAGACUUCAGCACUAUUUCAUAUGUAUCACACAGCGUUGCUACUUUUAGGAUGAGUUGUAAUUUCUCUUAAUACUGGAUAUCAAUUAUUUUUUAGAGUAUAAUGUAUAAUUUCAUAGACAUUUCAACUGAAUAUAUCAUGCACGUUUUGGGUAGCUGCUAGCUGAAGAAUGUAGUUUUGUUAAAACAUCAUAGAUGAGUUAUCUUAGUAUUUAUUUUUCAUACAGUAGUAGCAUGUCUUCAUGAAAGAAUUUUUACUGAUUGGCAAAUACAGCCACAAGAGAGAAAUGGUAGAAUUGCAAAUGAGAGGAGCUGGCCCCUUCUGCAACACAUGUGCAGACCAGAACUGUGGUUUGUGCAAAGCCCUUUACCAGUAACAAAUACUCUGGUUGCAUGAUGGGCUUGCCGACAUUUUCUACUGUAGUUCUCUUUAAAUUUAAUGAAAUAAAAAAUUUGUAAGCAGUCCCAUUCUGCCACUCGUAUGAUAUAAUGAUGGCGUGGAGGGUCUCAGUGUCUUCUCAAAGUGAGAAGGCACAGCCAAGCAGCCUCUUACCCUGCCUGAUCGGUACUAUGCCAUCAGAGUCCAGCGCUGCAGCUCUCAGCCUCCGCUGUGCUUCUCAAAGCAAUGAGAGGACAGGACGGCUCGGAGAGGAGAGUGUCAAAAUCAUGAUGGGAACAUAUGGCAACAGGUGAGUGGGAGGGUAACCUUAGCCCGACGCGGAGGGUAGCCGGACUUGCAGAGGGAGGUUUGUGGCGUUCGAUCGUUAUUUUUUUCAUGUACAUUUGAAAUCAAAGGUAUUUUAAAGGCCUACAAGGGUCCAGUAUGGCCUUAAUAUAUAUCAGAAUAUGCUGCUGACUGGACAGUUAUUUGGAGUAGAUAUAAUCUGCUAAUCUUGAGUCAUUGAUUAGAAGGUCCUGCCUUUAUUAAACUUUUCAGAUCUUUGUUUUAAAGAUAAGGAUUCGAGCCAUGCAAAUGAGCUGAUCAUAUUGAAAAACCUCUAUUAUUUA